GGUUAAGUAAUAAUACAAUAUAAAUCAAUGAAUAAUUAAAAAAUAUAAUUGCCACUGUUAGAAAGAAAUGUCCUUUCUUCCUAACUCAGUUUGUAAGUGAUGGAGCCGCUAAGAAGGCGCAUUCGCCGGUGGCGCAACGGCUUGGAAUCCGAGUUUACCGAUCCAAAAACGUUUUUCAAAAAAGCUUGCUCCUCGGUUUCAAAAUAUACGGCGAUUUGUGGCUGGGAACGUUUCGAGGCAAACUACACACGUUUGAACGUGAGGUUUAUUUUUCUCAUGGUGGACAUUUUCUUAUAUAUGGUGGUUAGCAUUUGGUGCUUCAAAAAUUUUUGGGGCCAGCGGAUGGAGUUUAUUUUUUGCUUCGUUACAUUUGGGCUAAGUUUCCAGGGACUCGUCAAAGCGUACAUCUAUUCCCACGACACCAUUUAUGAUCUUCUCCAGUACAACAUGAAACGAUUUGAAAAUCCCAAGAAAAUCCCGGAAAUUCACACCUCCCUGAUGAAAACGGCUUCCUGGUGUACAAUUUCGGUGAAACUGAUUGCACCUGCUUAUUUCACGUUGGCAGCAUUCACGGUGAUCUUUUCUGUAGUCAUUUCCGCGUUUAAUCGCCGUUUCGAGCUGCCUUUUGGAUUUUUCAUUCCGGGGGUCGAUCGAACCACGUGGGUCGGAUAUCUGCUGAAUCUGGCCUUUCACACACUGCAGGCGUUUGAGGCUGGCGCUGGCUUACUAGCCACUGAUUUGUGCUUCUUCAAUCUUAUGAUAAAUGCCAUCGGACAGUUGGAUGUUUUGAUCAUUGGUUUGAAGAAAUUGGGCGAAGCUGUCACGUCAGACGAAUUUGCAGAAGCUGAACUUUUAAAUGACAUAAUUGAAAAGCAUGUGGAGCAUGUCAAGUAUCUCUCAGCGAUGGAAUCACAUAUGAAGGCUGGUUACUUCAUCAAUAAUGUAUGCCUGAUAACUGAAUUAGUAACAUGUUUGCAUGUUGUUCUAACAAAUGAUGAAAUUUGGUUUACUGGAAUAUCGCUGGCAAUCUGCUAUUCUUUCCAGUUAGUAAUUCCUUGCUUCAUGGGAACAUUUCUUUCCAGUAAGAAUGACGAGCUUAUUCGCGAAAUCUACAACAUACCCUGGAACGAGCUGCCGAUUCCGGCCCAACACUCGUUGCAAUUGUUACUGCAUGCGGCCCAAAACCCGGUCACCCUUUCGGACGGAUUCGCUCCGAUAGAUUUGGAUAGUUUUUUGGAGAUCUACAAGAAGAUAUACUCGUACUUGGCAAUGAUUCAAAACAUUAACUAAAUAUUUCUGUAAGAUUUAAGGAUGAGACCAAAAUGAGACAAAUGUUUUGUACGUUCAGCA